GAGAGGAAGGCCAGAGCGCUUGCGGACUGGACAGGAAAGCCACGUCUGCUUUCAGACUUUCGGUUUCUUUUUCUCCAUCUUGCCUGCGGAUUUUCAGGCGUCGGAGUGAAGUCUGGGUUGCCGCCAGAGGAGAGCCUCGCCGCAGGCUGGACGGUUAUCUUCUUUGUCUGUCCUGAUUUUGGGAUCAGUUGCUUUGUCUCCAGAAAGGAUCAGUUCUGUAGACUUAACAACAUGAGUUUAAUCUGCUAAAUUAGACCAGCAAGAAAAGAAGAGCCUAUACCUGGACUUUGAGGCAUACGUUAUUUUGCUAGGAGAAUUAAAAAAAAAAAAAAAGUUCCCUGUUAACCACAGAACUCCUCCAUUGGAAAGGAUUUUGAAAGAAAUGAAGAAAACCACCAGAAAUGAAAUCAGUAGCUUCAUGGCCUUCUGUUGACUGGACUAGACUUUUCUUCCUGCCAUUCCUUGGAAUAACACUGUACAGGAUGUCUGCUGAGGUCAUCCAUCAGGUAGAAGAAGCACUUGAUGAAGAUGAGAAGGCUGCACUUCUUUUUUUGUGCCGAGAUGUUGCUGCAAAUGCGGUUCCACUGAAUGUCAGGGAUCUUCUGGAUAUUUUAAGAGAGAGAGGAAAGCUGUCUUCUGUGAACUUGGCUGAGCUGCUCUACAGAGUGAGGCGGUUUGACUUGCUCAAGAGCGUCUUGGAUAUGGAUACUCCGACAGUGGAGGCCCUCCUGCGCAGGCACCCACAUCUGAUUUCAGACUAUAGGGUGCUGAUGAUGGAGAUUGGUGAGGAUUUGGAUAAAUCUGAGGUGUCCUCACUAAUGUUCCUCAUGAGAGAUUAUACGGGCCGAAGCAAGAUAGCCAAGGAUAAGAGUUUCUUGGAUCUUGUGGUUGAAUUGGAGAAGCUAAAUCUGGUUGCUCCAGAUCAACUGAAUUUAUUAGAAGAAUGCCUAACGAACAUCAACAGGAUAGACCUGAAGACAAAAAUCCAGAAAUACAGGCAGUCAGCUCAAGGAGUGGAAACAAAUUAUGUAAAUGCUCGCCAGGCAUCUCUGCCAAACUUGAGUGUUAAAGAUCCUUCAUAUAACCUAAGGCUCCAGAAUGGCUGGAGUAAAGAACAAAGGCCUAUGAUGGGACCACCUGACAUUCAAAGAGAACCAGUGAAGAGACCCAUUCAGGAAUCAGGAGCAUUUUUGCCUCAGCACACAGUAGAAGAGAGAUAUAAGAUGCAGAGCAAGCCCCUGGGAAUCUGCCUGAUAAUUGACUGCAUUGGCAAUGACACAGACAUUCUUCGGGACACCUUCACUUUCCUGGGCUAUGAAGUCAGGCAUUUCUUAUAUCUCACUAUGACAGAUAUAACCAACAUUCUACGCCAGGUUGCCCAGAUGCCCCAGCACCGAGACUCUGACAGCUUUGCGUGUAUCCUGGUGAGCCGAGGGGGCUCCCAGAGCGUGUUUGGUGUGGAUCAGACUCACUCUGGGGUUCCUUUGGAUCAUAUCAGAAGAAUGUUCAUGGCAGACAUGUGCCCCUCUCUCUCAGGGAAGCCAAAGCUCUUUUUCAUUCAGAGCUAUGUGAAAUCAGAAGGCCAGCUGGAGGACAGCAGCUUCCUAGAGGUGGAUGGGCCGUCAGUGAAAAGUGCAGAAUCCAAGGCCAGGCAGCCUGGGGCCUACCAAGAUUUGAUUCACCGAGAAGCUGACUUCUUCUGGAGCCUGUGCAAAGCAGAUGUGUCCCUGCUAGAGGGACCCUCCAGCUCACCCUCACUGUACCUGCGGUGCCUCUCCCAGAAACUGUGGAAAGAAAGAAAGCACUCGCUCCUGGAACUCCACACUGAACUCAACAGCCUGGUGUAUGAUUGGAACAGCAAAGUGUCUGCUAAGGAGCGAUACUACGUCUGGCUGCAGCACACUUUGAGAAAGAAUCUCUUCCUCUCUCACAAAUAAAAAGUCAAAGUCACGGCUGGUGAGAA